AUGUCGGAUCUACGAUACACGGCGGCUUCACAGCUGGAGCAUCUGCACAGCAGAUACACCGGCACCAUCAACGCCGACACCGAGAAGUACGAGUGGAUCACGCAUCAAAUGCGCGACACCAGCUCGUCCAUCGUGGGUCAUCCGCCCUUGUUGGCGUACUCGGCGCUGGCGGACGGAGAAUGCAAGGCGCGCGUCAAGUUCGAGCUCACCGAAAAGAUGCUGCAGCCUUGCGGUCCUCCGCCCCAGAAGGAGGACGACUAA